AUGAUCAUAAUGGAAAUGCAGACAUCGCCACAUCUUAGCCAUGGGCUUGCGACGCUCUCGCAGCAUCAGCUGCAGCACCACAUCAUCCACCAGCCCUUGCCUGUCCACAGUAACCAUGGCCAAGAUCAAGCGCUGACUACGAACACGAGUCAGCAUGAGCACGAUAAUCAACAGCAUCUGCAACACCAUCACCUCUCACAGCAACAACAGCAUCUGGUUGUCUCACCGACCAUACACACACUACAGAGCGCUCCGACAGGUGACAACCUGAGCAUCACCAUCGGCACCCAUCAUCAUCAGAAUGAUCAUCCCCAUCAUAACAACGGAAUCGUUUAUACCUCAGCACAAAUUGACGAAAAGUCAAAAUUGCAUAAGUUCGAUGAAUAUUCAAAUCGUAUACUUGGAAGCAUAGCGGAUGCCCCAACGCCGCCCUCCACAAACAAUUUUAUUUCACAGUCACAAGGCGUUGAAUGGAUAACAGCAAUGAACGAAGUCCAAAACGGGGCAGAAGAUUCACACAGCUCGCAAGGCAGUAUAUCUGGUGAUGGUCAUGGAGGAGUAAAUCAGCUGGGAGGUGUUUUUGUUAACGGACGCCCAUUGCCUGAUGUGGUUCGCCAGCGCAUCGUGGAGCUGGCGCACAAUGGUGUUCGUCCAUGUGACAUAUCCCGCCAGUUACGUGUGAGCCAUGGCUGUGUAUCUAAAAUACUAUCAAGAUAUUACGAGACUGGUAGCUUUAAGGCGGGUGUUAUAGGCGGAUCGAAGCCAAAAGUAGCGACACCUCCUGUGGUGGAUGCGAUAGCCAACUAUAAGCGGGAAAACCCCACAAUGUUCGCUUGGGAGAUACGAGAUCGACUUUUGGCGGAGGGUAUAUGCUCCCAGGACAAUGUUCCUAGUGUUUCUUCAAUAAACCGAAUUGUAAGGAACAAGGCCGCCGAAAAAGCAAAGCAUGUUCAUCAUCAUCAGCAGCAUCAUAUGCAGCAGAAUCUCAGUGGCGGGCAUAAUGCCACAGAGAGCCUUGAUAGUAGUACAGGUGCAAAUAGCGAUCCGCAGGCAUCUGGCGUUGGGACCAGCAGCAGCAGCACUAAUUCCGCAAUCACCACAACAUCAGCUGCGGCAUCUGCAGUAAUUGCCCACGCCCCAAUACCGACGUCAGCUUCUGACACCGUCCAAGACCCAAUAGGUCACUUAAAUAAUAACAGUAAUGGCACCAGCAAUGGGAAUGUCAGCGCAGGGCCUGAGCACCGCACGACUGGAUAUAGCAUAAAUGGAAUUCUCGGUAUACAGCAUGGACAUCAUUCUCAGAACAAUAACAACAACAACAGCACUAACAACAAUAAUAAUACAACAGAUCCUGGUUUUAAACGCAAGAGAAUCGAAACCCAUGAUGAAAACCGGGACACAAACAUUCAUUCAGACGAUGAAGCUAAGCGGCAGCGCUUGGGCUACAGUGGAGAUCCAAUUUACCCAAACAUAUGGUCAGGGAAAUGGUGCAUUAAGGAUGAACACAAACUGCUUUCCGAGCUAGGAAAUUUAACAACUGGCAGCGGUACCAAUGCUCCCUCAUACUAUGAACCAUCAAACGGGUUUUCAGCCAGCACGAUAUCAAUGUCAGGAGCGGCACCAACUGGCAAUGAUACUUCUAUGCUAUAUGACAGUAUAGCCACAAUGUCGCAGACUCAAGGCUCCCUGUACACACAAACAAUCGGUCCAUCUAUCGGCAGCAGUUCGCUUACUCCACUAGUCCCUAUAAGUAUGCAUGACAUGAAGCUUAGUACAAAUACAGUACAGGAACAGUCAAUCGCACCCUUCUACGCAGCCGCAAUAGCCUUUGAAAACGGAAGCUAUCCGUCAAUAACAAGCUUGGACAAUGGCUCAAACUCACCAGCGGGACAAGGUGCUAUUGCAGUUUCGGGAAGCUCCGAUUCGACCAGACUAUGUCCAAGGACUGUGCGAAACGAGCAAAAUCACACCGAAAGUAAUAUAAACAGUACAUUACUUAUAAAGGAGCCAGUGGUUCGAAGCGUCAGCAGGGACAGGGAGGAGAAUCCCAACAGAUCUGACAAGAGCAUGGAAUCUAACAAACCAAAUUUGGAGCAGAAUAACCAUAUACCCUUACCAAAUCUGCACCAUAUAACAGAACAGCAACUUAUAACAAGCAACGCCAGCCCCCUUGCCAAUACCAAUACACAUACCUCAUCUCUAAUACUCCUUCAACCGAGCGGAGGCACCUCUUCGCUAAGUGUCAGCGCUGCUGACGAUCGUUCAGAAGUUCAUACAAAUGUAUGUAGUAAUGUAGGCAUGUAUGCUACACCUACAGUACUGCCAAGUUUUAAUCAUUACUCUACAGGAUGUAGCUCAGUUGUACCAGGUACAGAAUAUGCCUAUAGUUCAGCUUACACACAAUAUGGAGGUGCUUAUGGUUCCUAUGGUUACGGUGCGAGCGGCGGCUUAGUGAACUCAUCAUACUACUACGAAGGUGGGCAGCCACAGUCAGCAUUGAGCCAGGACCUGCGUUCGCCAUUAGCUGCAACGCGGGCCAAUUCUUUAGCAUCAGCUGCGUCGCCAACUGGUAGUGCAUGCACAAAGUCUGAGACAUCAGACAUAUUCCUUGUAUAAUCAUCAAUCUAAUAAAUACCUCUACUGAAUUAA